AUGGGUGCUGUCGUCUCCUGUAUCACCAGCGUCUUCCACGCUAUCGGCCGCUGCCUCAUGGGCAUCGUCAAUGCCAUCGGCUCCAUCCUCCGUGCCAUCCUUGACGGAAUCAUCACCAUCUUCGAUGUGAUCAUCUCCUGUCUCACCUGCCAGGGUUGCUCAGGGCGCCGGCGUCAUCGAACCAGAUCACGAGUCUGA